AUAUGUUCCAGCCAAUAUAGCUCGAUUGGGUCGUGACGAUAGGCAAGCUUGACCACCACGUCAAGGUAGCAACUACGGUCGAGUGGCCUGGUAGUAUCGAGCAACAAUGUUCCUGCCCUAUUACUAUCAACAGGAUAGACCAUCACGUCAGAACUCCAGUUACGCUCGUAAUCUAAACAACGAUUCUAAAUAUUCUACUGGAAUGCUCUUAGUGCUCAAGAAACAACAUUAGCCUAGAAAUGUUAAGCAUCUGUAGCUCUAAACUGGUGGUGACCAAAGUUCAAUAACUUGAUUACUAAUUUUCAUCAGAAGCUAUCUGAAGAUUUUCGACAAUUAUACUUAAAAAUUUAAAGCACUUCCAUCAACACACAAAGCUGUACACACGUUGAUCGCCAAUGUUAUCGUUUAUUGGUACAGACUGGACAUUGUCUCUGUUACAUGCUGGUUCUUAUCUGAACAUUGAUGAUAUUUUGGCAUCUAAUGAACGCACGUCAUGUCGCGUUCGUGUAUUACUUCCAUCUCUGGCACCACUGCUACUUUCAGAUGUCAAAGAUAAAAUACUUAGUGAAGGCAUUGAUGAUGGUUACAAAGCGUCAGAUGACGUUCCAGUAGGAAAAAGCAUUGAGCUACCAGUUUGGCUAGCUAUCGCUGUUGGUAGCGGUAGAAGACAAAUACUGAGCAUCGACGUACCUCCAAUUUACCGGAAUGCCUUUACCGAAGUAUUCGAAGCAGAUCCUUGUGUAGUUGACCUCAAAAGAAAAGGGUCUAUGUAUUAUAUGUUAUUAUGCAACUUAUUGAUGUCGGGUCAUGUUAGAGUCCCACAAAUUGUUGCUACUGGCACUAAGGUUUUUCAAUCACGAUUAAAGAUGAUUAUGGAUGCCUCACUCAACGCUUCACGACAGGAUACUUUGUCAUCUACAUCUAAGUUCGACUCCUUGGAAAUGGCUUUAUUUCGGAUAGGUCAAACAGACAGAUUACAAUUCGAACGUUGGAUUUCACGCCAUCAUGAAAAGAUUGAAGCUCUAAGAACAGUUCGUCAUGUACUUGUGAAAUAGAAUCAAUGGAUUUAUUUAUUGUUCAAAACUUAUUUCAUCUAAAGAAAGAAGAUUCUUGUAGCUCUUAGUCUUACGAUUUUUGUAUGCUCUUAUUACGCAAUUAAUUAUGAAACAAUUUUUUCGAAAUUUAUUAAAUGUAACUGUUUUUAAGAUAAUGUGGAUCUUUGUAACUACUAUUUUUAAUGAAUAGUGUACAAAUAAAGCUUUUUUCAAGUUUCG